CCGGACGACGCGGCCCGGAGAGCGGAGCCGCGAGCAGCGCUGGGUAACGGCCGCUGCGAACGCCCGGACAGUGUCCGUCCUCGCUGAGGUCUUUACUAUUGCGUUUUGCUGCGCUGCGGGCCUCUUGGUGAAUUUUUGGAUGAAGCCAUUAAAUUAAUUUCUUGCCAUCAUGAGCAGAAGCAAGCGGGACAACAAUUUUUAUAGUGUAGAAAUUGGAGAUUCUACGUUCACAGUCCUGAAACGGUAUCAGAAUUUAAAACCUAUAGGCUCCGGAGCUCAAGGAAUAGUUUGUGCAGCUUAUGAUGCCAUUCUUGAAAGAAAUGUUGCAAUCAAGAAGCUAAGCCGGCCAUUUCAGAAUCAAACUCAUGCUAAGCGGGCCUACAGAGAGCUAGUUCUUAUGAAAUGUGUUAAUCAUAAAAAUAUAAUUGGACUUUUGAAUGUUUUCACACCACAGAAAUCCCUAGAAGAAUUUCAAGAUGUUUACAUAGUCAUGGAGCUCAUGGAUGCAAAUCUUUGCCAAGUGAUUCAGAUGGAACUAGAUCAUGAAAGAAUGUCCUACCUUCUCUAUCAGAUGCUGUGUGGAAUCAAGCACCUUCAUUCUGCUGGAAUUAUUCAUCGGGAUUUAAAGCCCAGUAAUAUAGUAGUAAAAUCAGAUUGCACUUUGAAGAUUCUUGACUUUGGACUGGCUAGAACUGCAGGAACAAGUUUUAUGAUGACACCUUACGUAGUGACUCGAUACUACAGAGCACCUGAGGUCAUCCUAGGCAUGGGCUACAAGGAAAACGUUGACAUUUGGUCAGUUGGGUGCAUCAUGGGAGAAAUGAUCAAAGGUGGUGUUUUGUUCCCAGGUACAGAUCAUAUUGAUCAGUGGAAUAAAGUUAUUGAACAGCUUGGAACACCGUGUCCUGAAUUUAUGAAGAAACUACAACCAACAGUAAGGACUUAUGUUGAAAACAGACCUAAAUAUGCUGGAUAUAGCUUUGAGAAACUCUUCCCUGAUGUACUUUUCCCAGCUGACUCAGAACACAACAAACUUAAAGCCAGUCAGGCAAGGGAUUUGUUAUCCAAAAUGCUGGUCAUAGAUGCAUCUAAAAGGAUCUCUGUAGAUGAAGCUCUUCAGCAUCCAUACAUCAAUGUCUGGUAUGAUCCUUCUGAAGCAGAAGCUCCACCACCAAAGAUCCCUGAUAAGCAGUUAGAUGAAAGGGAACACACAAUAGAAGAGUGGAAAGAAUUGAUAUACAAAGAAGUGAUGGACUUGGAGGAGAGAACCAAGAAUGGAGUUAUACGAGGGCAGCCCUCUCCUUUAGGUGCAGCAGUGAUCAAUGGCUCUCAGCAUCCAUCGUCAUCGUCGUCUGUCAAUGAUGUGUCUUCAAUGUCAACAGAUCCGACUUUGGCCUCAGAUACAGACAGCAGUCUAGAAGCAUCAGCUGGACCUCUGGGCUGCUGUAGAUGACUACUUGGGCCUUGGGGGGGUGGGAGGGAUGGGGAGUCGGUUAGUCAUUGAUAGAACUACUUUGAAAACAAUUCAGUGGUCUUAUUUUUGAGUGAUUUUUCAAAAAAAUGUAGAAUUCAUUUUGUAGUAAAGUAGUUUAUUUUUUUUAUUUUCAAGUGAUGUAAUUUAAAAUCUAAGUUGUGUUUUAAAACAGCAACAAAACUGUAUUGUAUUUUUUGCUGUAAUUAACUGUAUAAUGUAAACCUAAUUAUUUUAUCAUGUUUUAAAUUUUUUGCAUAUUUGCUUUAUCUAUGCUGCUGAUUUUUUUUUUACUGAAUUUGUAAGAUUUUGUUUAUCAAAGCAACUAUUAUGUGGUGACUUGCCUAUAUCAUGAAUUAUUUAAGAUUUUUAUAGUUUUUUUUAUUAGAAUUUAUUUCAGAUGUUUUGUUCAUGAUACUAUCCUUCAGGGUUAUAUGCUUAUCAAUGAAAUAACCCCAGAGGAGUGAGGGAAAAUCACCUGUAGCCAGUUAUAUUCAGGAAUAACUACUGUAAAUGAUGAACGUGGCAAGAGACCUCCAUUGUUUGCUACCAGCCAAUCCUAAUUUAGAUACAGCAAUGGGUAGGCAAUCCUACCUGAAUUUUGGCAAAAGCCCCAUCAUCUAAAUGGCAGAAUAACUGAGAGCGUGUCUUUCAAGUGCCAGGAGUGUACCACCACCUUCUUUUCUCCCCACCCACCCAACAAAAAGUCAAGGAAUAUAGUGUAUUCUGAAAAUUUGUGGCAUGCUCAAAGCUAUGAUCACAUAAAGUCAAGAGGAUACUUCAUGAAUAAUACAUUUCAAUGCAAAUAAACAGAUGGUUCACUUAUACUAGCUAUGAGCCUGUUUUUGUACACACUGAGUUAGUCUCAGGCUAUAGGUCCUAGCAGUGGUCUAAAGUCUGGCUCCACAUUUUCUUCAGCCUUGUCCCUUAGACCUUUCUGGUUUCAAAACUAUUGGAGGGUUAGUCAGUUGAGCACCAGUUCUCAUGGUGUUUCUGGCCAUUUGAUUCUGCCUGUAGUAUAGUCAUUUAUAUCAGCUGUCAGGAGGUUUCAAAGCCUACUUAGAUUUGUGUAGGUGACGUAUCAAAUGAGCAAUAUACCGUUCAUCUGAAAAUAGUAGCACACAGCCAUAUAUAGGAUAUCAUUUUCUAAGGACUGUUUCUUCACAUCGAGCAGAGCAGGCAUAAAUGGUGGUUACUUAGUCUGAGUCUUUCAUUUUUUAUACCUGAUUUCCAAUAUAUAACACGCAAUGUGGACGUUGAAUAGUGUAAGAAUGGUGCUGCUCCUGACAGGUGUGUGUUAACUGUUUACAUUUUAUAUCUGCAGAAUUAUUUCUCUAUAACUGAAUUUUUCCUAGGUAAAGUGUCAUUGAGGUCUCAUUAUUUCUGAACUACAUUAUCUGUAAUGGCCCCACGCACCUUAUGUUAUGUCUAAAACGAGGGAUUUCAUGUAAUGAACUGGGAAAUGCUUACUUACGUAAAUGGCAAGGUUCUGGGCGGAAAGCCCAUCGGGAUUCAUUUCCAACAGGAGCAAGAAUAGGUGCAGCUCAGCAAAUGUCUGAAAGUUCGCUUGGCAUUUUAUUCAUAUAUUUAGUGCAAAAUUCCUUUUUAGUUAGAUAUUUUAGGUCAUUGUUAAUGUGCAAUAUUUAAGAUUAAAAUACAUUAGCUUUUUUAUAUACUUUGAAAUAGCAAGCUUGUUUUUGAUGGGUUCAAGUCAUGAUUUCUUGCCUCCCAAACUUGGUAAUGAUCCCUUUUCUAGUCAUACAACAUGGUGCAUUAAUUUUAUUAGGAAAAUUAGAGUUUUGAGACUGUAACCCUCUUGAGUUAUAUAGGAUUGGAUUCACAAUUCUAGAAAUUUGAGCAUGAGUGUAUUCUCAGUUCAUAUUAGUUUUAUAGUUAAUUAACUUUAUUUUCUCUAGGGUAGAUUAUAUCACUAUUGCACUUUAACAGCUGACAUGCCUUUAAAAGGUUCCCAUAUUUUAUAUUUCAUUGCUGAUAUGCCAUCUCUAUUGAUUCAGAUGUUGGUUAAGCAAGGAAUACCAGGUAUUUUGACUAUAUCAUUUGUUGUAAAUGCCAGCUCCCACUUGCCAACCAUCAUAUUUCAGUUGAAUUGAAAGAAAAAAAAAAAAAAAACCUAUUGCUUAAUGUAAACCAAACUGCUAACCAGUUAUAUCCUAAAACCAAGGUCUGGUUGUUAAAUCUUGAGUGCCCUAGGUCUGAAAAAUAUAUUGUCUAAAUACAGCUUCCCCUUUUUGCUUAAAUUUAUUAAACUAACUAUGUACUGGUACUUUUUCUUUUAGAGUCUUAAAGUGUUUUACAUCUGUUUUUGAAGAAAUUACAAAUAUCUGUCAAGCAGUACUUGUAUUAAGCCACUUUCUUAUUUUGUUUUUCAAUUUUAUACACUUAAUAUACCCAUCAUCUUACUGUCAGAAAAUUAUUUUAGCUGAGACUUAUGACUUAACUUUGUAAAUUUGAAAAGAUACUGAUUCUUUAUUCCUCAUCUUCCUAGUUACAGUUCUUACUCUCUAAUAUAUAGUAAUCAUUUGUAAACUGAUCAUGUCAUUGAGAUUGCUAAAUUAUAAUAUACAUAGAGCAUUUAAGCUCUUUCAUACUAUUUGCUGAACAAUUUUCAUUGUGUCACGCACCUUCAGCUGCUGAUUGCUCCUGGUGUGCGCUCUUCCAAGUUGGUAAAGACGCAAUGUGCUUACACCAGACUUUCUAGGAAAGACCAGCCUCUCAAAGGAGAAAGCUGUCACGCAGCCUCCUUAACAAUACAGAGAAGCUUGAUUGUGUACAAAGCAGCAGACUUUCCUAUAAGCUUUUUUGUUAUUCUGUUCUGGGCUAAUCUUGCCAGGUUGUCCAAAAAGAUAAGAUGAAGAAUAUAUCAGUGUCUGGUAGUGAAAUCAGCAGCAGGCAAGUGAAGCUGUUUCCUGGGUUACAAAUACUAUUGGCCAGUAUCUGCUACAUGUAUGAAGACUAUUCAGUGUUGCCUAGGCACUAGCCUGCACAACAUUUUGAGGUUAAAACAUAGUAUAUUUUCAAGAAUACUGUUGUAGUUUGUGAGUGUUGUUCAUUAGUCACACAUUAGCUGUAGAGUGGAUGCAUGACACCCUGUGACCCCAGUAAACCUCUCUUACCAGUGAAGUAGAAAACCAAGCACCACCUUCUGUCAUUAGCAGCCCUCUUAAAUGUUGCCUCUCCAUAUAGCCUGUUGCAUUUUAGCGUGCAUCGUGUUUCUACUGAUCUCUUUUAGGAUUUUCCUGACUCACAGGAAACUAACUUGUCCUUAAUAAAAUAGCGAGAAAGAUGAAGAGGUAAAGGGCAUUGAAGCAGAAAUGUAUAGUUUGGGGUAAGAUUGGAAAACUCAUAAGGAAAACAAAAGUCCUAGUCAAUUUCAAAGUAACUGCUCUUAGUAAAGUGCUCUUAAGGAGAGUCUAGUAAGAGUAACACUUUCUGGCCAUUUCUGAUUUAGAUUCUCUUCAUUACUGAAACUUCUGAGAAAUAUUACCUGUGGAUUAGUUUUGCACAAUAUUCUAUUCUCACAAUGACUUAAAAUGAAACUAGGUUUUUAUUGAACUACCUCACACUAAUUUUCUAUGCUUUCCCAAGUAAGCUGUUGCCCUGUUAGACCUUUACUGAGUGUGAAUUAUAAAUGUGCUUUGAAUACUUUAUAGCCAAUGUUGAAAAAAUACCAGUAAGUAUGUAAAAUAUAUACCUUGCAUCAGUAAGAGACACUCACGUGUAAAAUCUUUCACUGUAUAUCUUGAAAAUUGUGUUAGAUGUGCUUGUUGACAUUAUUACUGUCUGUUUUUGUAAGUAGAAACCUGCUCGUGGUAUCAGUCCAUUCUUUACAUUUUACAAAAGGAGUAAAUCUUAGUAAAUUUUACGAAGAAAUAAAUUACUUUUGUAGGCCCAAUAUUUGGUAUAUUUUUGAGAAGCUGUUAAUCUUUUAGCCGAAUGAUGAAGUUAAACUGAAGUAGCUGUCUACCUGGACUGUGACAUCUAUUUUCUCAUUACAGUUUAUCCUGUUCAACAGGUUUUUGAACCUGGAAACCUAAGUAUAGUUACUGACUUUUUUUUUGCUCCCUAUACAUGUCAUUUCCUUCUUCACCACCCCACCCCCCAUGUCCAAUUCCCUCACCUCUCCUCACCUCGCCUCUCCUCUCCUCGCCUCUUUAGAUGAAACAAAAUGGGGCACUUUGUAGGGAAUGCUGAGAUCAUUAUUGUGGUUUUUAAUCAUUCAUGCCCUAGUCAUUAAACAUGCACCACUGGAAUGUAAACAUUGUUAUCUAGUAUGUCAAUUGGUUAUAAUAUUUUAAAUAAAAAACAAAAAAGUGGUAUGAAAA